AUGACUGAUAAAACAGUUCCUUCAAAACCCAAAAAGAUGAAAGAUCUAUCAAGAGAAGAUUUAGUUAAUAUGAAUAAGAAUGAACUAGUUAGUAAAAUAAUGCAAUUAGAAGCUCAUAAUUCACAAUUAAAGAACAUAAUAAGUAAAAAUGUACAAGAUAGUAGUGAUAAGGAAUCUGUGGGGAAAAAGAAACAAUUUGAUUUUUCAAACAUCAUAGGGGAAAGAGCAUCUCAUCCCUCUCAGAUUCAAAUUCAAAGACUUUUAAAUUUUUUUCAACAAAAUCCAGAACUCGUUAAAGGCUUCUCUAAAAUGCCUAGUGCAAGAGAUGCAGCUCGCAGAAAGUGGGAAAAAUUUGCAGUCGAGUUAAAUAGAAUGGGUGGAUGUAUUAAGUCAUGGAAACAGUGGACCAAGUAUUGGGCCGAUAAGAAGAGUGCAGUCAAAAAGAAAGGGGCGUUAAGAUUUCGCACUAGAAAUGAGCCAGGAGGUUCUACUAUAGAGCUCAAUAGCACAGAAGAGAAGAUAUUAGCCUUAAUGGGUGCUGCUAAUGCUGCCAUUAAUAAACAAAAUUUAAAAACAAAUUCAGUAGAAGAUCAAAAUGCUACAAAAACUGCAAGUAAUAUUUUUGAUGAGAUGGAAAGCAUGUGCUUACCGGAACCGAAGGCAUCUCCUAGUUCAUACCAUGAUCCUUUAGAACAUACUAUGUCACCAAAUAUAUCACCGAAGGCCAGUGAACCUCCAAGCCCUCCUUCACCUUCAAGGUCAAUAGAUACCGAACCAGAAACAUCUCCUAGACCUUUGUCACCUUCAGGGUCUAGGAUACAACCUUCACCUUUGGAAUUACAUUCAGAGUCACGCAGAGAACCAGAAAGGAAAUAUCUAAGGGCUCGUAGGUUAGACCGGUUGCAGAAUAACCCACCUUCCAAUACUGCUGCAAAUCGUCUUCGAUGUAGACGUCGACAAGUUAUAUCGUCAUCUCGAAGAUCUCAGUUUGCAACUUUAGCGGAAAAAAUUUUAAGUCUAGAAGAGCAAAGAAUCGAAAUCGACCAACGAAAUUCACUUAUCUUCGAAAAAGCCGCCGAAGCCAUGAUGUUUAUUGGCGAAGGAAUGAAGAUGUGUCAUUACCGGCGAAUCCUUCUCCGCAUCUCAUACUUUGGCUGGGACUACCAAGGGUUGGCGGUGCAGGAGGAUUCUUCGCACACCAUUGAACACCAUUUGUUUCAUGCUUUAACAAAAUCCUGCUUGAUUGAAAAGAGAGAAACGUCUCAAUACCAUAGAUGUGGGCGUACUGAUAAAGGAGUUAGUGCUUUUGGACAGGUAAUAUCAAUAACUCUAAGGAGCAAGUUUCCACCAGAAAGCCAAAACUCAAACAUAUCUUCCGAGAUGCCAUAUUGUAAGAUACUAAACAGAUUGUUGCCAAAAGAAAUAAGAGCUCUAGCGUGGAUGCCUAUACCUGAUGAUAAGCCUGAGUUUAGUGCAAGGUUCGAUUGCAAGAAGCGCCAAUAUAAAUAUUAUUUCCCGCGCUCCUCCCUCAAUAUAGAAGCAAUGAGCCGUGCGUGCGCUUAUCUCAUUGGUUCUCACGAUUUCCGCCAUCUUUGUAAAAUGGACGUCGGUAAUGGCGUCGUUGAGUUUACGCGGGAAAUUAUUGCGGCGGAUAUCCGGGCGGUGGAGGAAAAGGACAAUGAUAGACCGACAUCAAUGUACAUGCUAGUAAUAGAAGGAAAUGCUUUCUUAUGGCAUCAAAUACGUUGUAUUAUGGGUGUGCUACUGUUGGUGGGUAAUGAGAGGGAAUCCCCUGAUAUUGUGAAGGAUUUGUUAGAUAUUGAGAAAAUUUCUAGGAAACCCCAGUACAACAUGGCAUUGGAUGUACCUUUGAAUCUUUACGACUGUACAUACGAUUUGUACGGUGAAUGGGUGUAUGAUCCAGAUGAAUUGAGGAACACAAUCGCGCAUUUACAAAAUGAAUGGACUUUGUAUGGUGUUAAAACAACCAUGAUAAAGGAUUGUCUUAAUAGCUUAGAAACGGUAUAUGAUAAUAUGUCAAGAGGGAAAGAGAGGGAAGAUAAUAAUGAUACAAGUGAAAGGGACAGAGUUAUGUCACAUACGGACUGUUUGCUGCAAGGAGUCAAGCCUAGGGUUUAUACUCCGUUGUUAGAAAGAGAAACAUGUUCAACAUUGGAAGAGAGAAUAGAUUAUUAUAGAAAAAAGAGGAAAAUCGAAGAUGUUGCUGAAAGUAUGAACACUAAG